AUGUCCGGCUCUGAUGAUAACGGCAGUCCUGGUGCCCAAGAGAAGCCAGAAGCCGGCGCCAGUGAACAUCUCAAUAUCAAGGUCACCGACAACAAUAACGAGGUGUUCUUUAAAAUCAAGCGGACCACUCAGCUGAAGAAGCUUAUGGAUGCCUUCUGCGAGCGACAAGGAAAAGCUCCCAAUUCUGUCCGAUUCCUCUUCGAUGGAAGCCGUGUUCAGCCUACGGAUAGCCCAGAGACACUUGAAAUGGCGGAUGGCGACACUCUUGAAGUCCAUCAGGAGCAAAUCGGUGGCGGCAUCUAG